AUGACGACAGGAGCCUUCAACUAUAUCGACCCGUCAUCAUUCGACCCAACUGCCACAGAGGCAUUCAAAAAGCCCUGGAGCAAAGUCGACGGGCCGGGGCAAUCCUUCAAGCUCUCCAACCACCAGCGCUCUGUGGAGAGUAUCCGAGGGCAUGAGUCUGAAUUCUCCACAGACAACGCCGGGUUCGCCGUGUACAACGAACUAGCCAAAGAAACGGCCUUUACAGACGACGCAGAAGUGAAGAAGGGCUACUAUAACGAAGUAGAAGAUCUCCUCCGAAAGAAGCUCCCGGGCGUGAAAAAGGUCGUCAUCUUCGACCAUACCGUCAGACGCCGAACACCCGGCUCAGCACGUGCCCCAGUCCAGCAGGUCCACGUCGAUCAAACUCCCGGCGCUGCAGAAGCGCGUGUGCGUCGCCAUGUUCCAGAAGACGAAGCGGAAGAUCUAUUGAAUGGUCGGUAUCAGAUUAUCAAUGUGUGGCGACCGAUCGAAAACCCGGCAUCCGAUUUCCCACUCGCUGUCAUCGAUUGGCGGAGUACGAAGCCUUCUGAUUAUGUCAAAGUCGACCUCUUAUAUCCCAAGGACCAAGGAUCCGGGGAGGUGGCGCCUAAUCCUGAUUCGGCAUUUUCAACAGAUGGAUACGAAGUCAAGGGGGAGACGUAUAGUAUUGCUCCGAAUGAGAACCAUCGAUUCUUCUACGCUAAGGAUAUGACUCCUGAGGAGGUUAUGUUGAUCAAGUGCUUUGAUUCUCGAAGUCAUACUAUGACUGGUGGACAGACGGAUAUCGCUCAUGCUACUUGCCAUACUGCGUUUGUUGAUCCGCAGACCCCUGCUGAUGCUCCUGCUCGGCAGAGCAUUGAGGUUAGAUGCUUAGUUUUUUAUGAGUAG